UACAGUAUUUUCUCUCAAAUGUCAUGGUAUACUCUCUCUCUCUCCUAUUUAUAGUGGAAGCUGAUAAAAACGCUGUUAGACAAGCUAUCAACGAAAUCCAAUCUAAAGUACAAUGUUUGAGCUUUCAAGAAGUUAAUAGCAAACCAACAGGAUCUCAUUUAUAUUAUGUGAAAUAUGCCCUUCCUGGCUUUUGUGGUCAAAGUUAUGUUGGACGUUUAGAUGUUGUUAACCCAAUUUAUUUGAGUUUUGGUUGUGGAAAUCCAGCGGGCAUUGCGUUACACGAAACAUUACAUGCCCUUGGAUUGCAGCAUGAACAGCUUAGAAUAGAUCGAGACCGUUUCAUUACUAUAAAUUGGCAAAAUGUCAAUCCUCAAAAAUACGAUGCAUUUGCCGUAUCAGAUGCUACAAAAUUCACAAGUUAUGGUGUACGCUACGAUUACGGGUCUAUUAUGCAUUAUUCUAGUACCAUAGCUACUCAAAAUUUUGGGCAAAAAACAAUGACAGCUAAAAUCAAUCCUCAAAGUAACGAUCCUAUGAUGGGUCAAAGAAAUGGACUCAGCGAAACAGACGUCGUUGAGCUUAGAAGAAUGUAUUGUAUGCCUGAAUGUAAAGACAAUAAUGUAUAUUGUGGUAUAUGGGCAGUUAGUAAUCUGUGUUAUUCUCAAGACGGAUUUGCGCAAGGAUGGAUGUUACAAAAUUGCAGAAAAUCCUGCUCAUUUUGUGGAAAUUAA